GUGACAGAUGACAGAUGUCAAAAUUAAAAUCUAUUUUUUGAGGUUAUUAAAAAAAUUUGAAAACAAAAACAAUUUUUUAACAAAUUAUUAAAUUAUAUCCUUCUAGCAUGAGAAUUUGUUUGCUAGAAUACGUAACUUUAUUCACUAAAUCAGGCUGUACUUCUAAAGUGUUUUUGGACGGAAUAUAACCCCUUUUAUUAAAAAAUGGGUACAGAAAAAACAUGGAGUGGUUUAAGUUUAACAGAUAUUUACAGAGGAAAAGGUCCGUGGUCUUUUAGUAUUAGUUCUGUAGAACCAUCCAGAUAUCAUUAUGUUCUUUACGAAUUACCCGCAAAUUUACAACAUCCACCCAAACCACAUCAGUCAUCGCAGCCUUUUUUAUGGGAUAAUGAUCACGUAAGAAUGCCUUUUUCCGAAGAAAAUCUGUAUCCACUUAAAGAGAAUGGAACAGAUGUAAUUAAGCUGAGAUGGACAGUGAUACAAGAAGCCCUAUCGUUACCUAUUAAUUCUGUAAAUCAGUUUGAGGCUGCUUUAAACAAGUAUAAUAUGUCUUUACCAAAGUUUCAGUUAUUACACUACUUUUUUACUGAGGUAUUACAAGAAGACGAAUCGCAACAUUUCUUUAAAACAAUUCUGCCCAGAAUUAUUAAGCUUGCACUAAGAUUGCCAGAGUUGAUUCCUUGUGGAAUUCCAUUGUUAGCACAAAAUCGUAACAGGUCAUUAAGUUUAUCUCAGUUACAAAUAUCGUGCCUUUUAGCAAAUGCAUUUUUGUGUACAUUUCCAUAUAAGAAGUCUGUAGCCUCAAGAUACCCAGGUGUAAAUUUUAUUUCGCUUUAUUCAUCUUUUGAAAGAGUAGCAAGAAAACAAUGUAUCUGUGAGAAAAUAAAAUGUAUAUUGAACUAUUUUGACAGAAUUACACAGCAAGAACCUACUGGUGUUGUUACUUUCGAACGAAAAAUGAUCCCUUGGAGCAAUAUGCCAAAAUGGAACACCCUCGAAGAUAAAUUAGGCGAUACCAGGGUGCAUAUCAGCUCUACAGGUACCAUAGAGGACGCCUCUGGUUUUUUACAAGUCGAUUUUGCAAAUAAGAAUAUAGGAGGAGGUGUACUAAGGUAUGGCUGUGUUCAAGAAGAAAUCAGAUUCAUUAUUUGUCCAGAACUAAUUGUCAGCAGGCUAUUUAUUGAACAGUUAAAUGGCGUAGAAGCAGUGAAAAUUAUAGGUGUUGAAAGGUAUAGUAGUUACACUGGUUAUGGAGAUACUUUUCGGUUUUCUGGCAACUUCGAAGAUAGUACUCCCCACGAUCUCUUUGGUAGACGGAGGACGUCGAUAUGCGUUAUCGAUGCCACGAAAUUCAACAAGCCGCGAGACCAGUUUCAAGGCGCCAUGAUACUCAGGGAAGUGAAUAAGGCUUAUGUUGGGUUUAGCUGUAGAGAAAAAGAAAACGUAGCCCCUAUUGCAACGGGAAAUUGGGGUUGUGGGGCUUUCAACGGUUCCAAACAGUUAAAAACUUUGAUUCAGCUCAUCGCUUGCACAGCCGCUAAGAGAGAUUUAGUGUAUUAUUCUUUCGACGAUGAAGAUAUAACGAAAGACUUUUACGAGAUCUACUUGUUUCUUGCCAAUAAUCAAGUUACCAUCAAACAAUUAUGGUCAAUAUUGGGUCAGUUUACACGAUCAUCACUAAACGAGGAGAAAUUGUACCCCUUUAUUAAACAGGCCUAUUUUGAUAGUAAAAAACAACCAACAAUCAGCAAAUAUUUCACAAAAGAACCUAAUUCUAAGCGUGGUCCUUUGGAACCAGUUCCAUCUUCUUCUACCUCAAAGACUGCGCCAUUGACGGUUAAUAGAUCUCCAGAGCAUAAGCCGUCAACCACAAAUCCUAAGAAGACAAAGUUAGAAGAGGAAUUAGUUGAAGAAUUAUUAUCGUCUCUUUCCGAAGACAUUAUUCCUUCUAGCCAACCUGAAACGCCCGUAAUGAAGAAAUUCACGAAACUCAGUAAAGUAAAAACGAAAAAAUCUUCAGAAACAAUAGUCGAUAUGUUACCAGAUACCGAUAUUUCGGCUAUAUUUGAUAUGUUGGAUGGAAAUGCCAAUAAGUCUGAAAGCACAAAAGAGGAGGAAAAAAUGGAAAUUGAUGAUUACGAACAUGGUCAUAAAGGCGCAAAGAACAAAAUUACGGAUUACUUUAACAAAAUUAAUAAAUAAUUUAUUGUAUGUUAUUGUCAAGGAAUGUGAUAUUAAAUGAUAAAGUACAAUGUGUCCAAUCGAAAAUAAAAUCUUAUU